CAAAUAUUUGUCGAUACAUCACUGCUAUUUGUGACUGAUAAGUUUCUUCAUUUUCUUGUAAGUUAUAAUCUCGUAUCUUGUUCAUUUGAUUUUCGAAGAACGUACAUAUUUUUAUUAAUAUUAAAAUUUUGCAAAUAUGACAAUUCUACGCAUUGGACAAAUCCUUGUCAAACAAUUGCAGAUUGGUCAAAAACCACAGUAUUUUGUAUCCAAUAUGAAAUAUUGUUCCUAUGUUCCACAAAAUUAUGAAUUCAUUAAAGUGGAAACUGCUGGAGAAAAAAAAAAUAUUGGUUUGAUUACUUUAAACAGACCAAAAGCUUUAAAUGCUCUUUGUGAAAAAUUGAUAACUGAAUUAAAUGAUGCUAUGUUAAAAUUUGAUACUAAUGAUAAUAUCGGAGCUAUAAUAGUUACAGGCAGUGAAAAAGCAUUUGCAGCUGGGGCUGACAUUAAAGAAAUGAAGAACAAUACUUAUGCAUAUAAUAUUAGAAAUAAGUUUCUUAAUAAUUGGAAUUAUAUUUCUAGAAUAUCAAAACCAGUAAUUGCUGCUGUAAAUGGAUAUGCUUUAGGUGGAGGUUGUGAAUUAGCAAUGAUGUGUGACAUUAUUUAUGCUGGAGAUACAGCAAAGUUUGGUCAACCUGAAAUCACUAUUGGUACUAUACCUGGUGCAGGUGGUACUCAAAGAUUAACUAGAAUAAUUGGCAAGAGCAAAGCAAUGGAAAUGGUAUUAACAGGCGAGCAAAUCAAUGCUGAGGAGGCAGAAAAAAAUGGUUUGGUUAGUAAAAUUUUUCCAGCAAACAAACUUGUUGCUGAAGCAAUUAAAUUGGGUGAAAAAAUUGCUUCUCAUUCUCAAUUAAUUGUUGCCAUGGCAAAAGAAUCUGUUAAUAUUGCUUAUGAAACUACUUUAGAGGAGGGACUUCAUUUUGAAAAAAAAAUAUUCCAUGGUACAUUUGCAACUGAAGAUAGAAAGGAAGGGAUGACAGCAUUCAUUGAGAAAAGAUUACCUAAAUUCAAAAAUCAAUGAAAGAUACUAUGUAUAUUUUUAAUAUACAAUUAAAUAGUUAUUUUUAUAUCAUUUUAUAUAUUUUUUAUAUUUGUUAUUAAAAAAGAAUAUAUUUUAUUAAAUAUUUUUUUACAAAAAAAUAGAAACGAAAUAAUGCUUGUAAA